AUGUGUGGCCUCUUGAACAAACUGUUCUUUGGAGUCAUUUUUUUUCCCUUGUGUCACAUACAAGGCUCACUUACCGUUUUGAGGCUUGAAUCUCCAAAUCAAAACGCCAUGUGGAAAAAAAGUUUUCUCGUGUUCCUCUUCUCCCUUUCAGUUCAAAAAGCAGCACUGGAUUGCAAGAGAAUGAGAAAAACAAAUGAAUUCCCUUCUCCAAAUUUGCACUCAAAAAUGAGUACAGUCGUGAGGGGUCAGAAUGUAUCUCUCUCUUGUUUCAGCGAGAACACAUCACGACAGAUCACCUAUUCUUUGUUUCGGGGUGAGAAACACCUGGAAAUCCAGGAUAGAAAAGGUGAACCCAUGACUUUAAACCUGAGGAUCUCAGAUGCCCAGGAUUUGGGCCCCUACAAGUGCAAAGCCCAAGUUUCUAACUGUUUCAAAUACAGUCGUGAGUUCAACUUCGUAUUUGUUGACCCAGUGACUGCACCAGUACUGAACAUUAGUGUCAUUCAAACAAAAACAGAUCAAUAUAUAAUGCUGCGAUGCAUCUCAUUCAAUGGCUCUCUGCCCAUCAAUUAUACUUUCUUUGAAAAAAACAUCACCAUAUCACCAGCUAUUUCCAAGGAUGUAAGGGAGCCUGCCGAAUUUAACUUAACCAACAAUAACAGUGGAGAAGGGAAAGAGUAUAAGUGUGAAGCUAAAAACACAUUGCCUGACCAUGCGAAAUACAGUCAACCUGUCACCAUACCCUCAACAGGUGGAGACAGCUGUCCUCUCUGCCUGCAGCUACUGCUUCCGGGGUUACUACUGGUGCUAAUGGUAAUAAUCCUAAUCCUGGCAUUGUGGAUGCUACCAAAGUACAAAGCAAGAAAAGCUAUGAAAGACAAUGUACCCAGAGACUACGGAAAUAGACCCAUGGAAAUUGGAAUAUACGCAAAUAUCUGUGAAAACCAAGCAGGUGAGGAAUCUGUGCCUGGCUUAGAACCAAAGCAAUCUGUUCCCAUAGCCGAAGAUGGGACUGGACACUCCCAGGAGAUACAUUAUGUCACCCCUGUGUUCAGGCAGGUGGCACCAAGAGAUCAGGAAGCCUGUAAUGACUGUAAAACUAGAUAUGUCUAUUCUGAACUCAUUUUCUGAGAUUUAAAGAUACAAACUACAACUCAGGGUCCACUGAAGAUUUAGAAGGAAACACACAAAGCAAAAACCAUGUCUAAAUUCUAAAGCAAAAACUGGUGAUCUUCAAAAAGCAUCUGAAAAAAACAGCACCUGUACUCACCAUGGAGGAAGGCAAGAUUAUUCAACGAGUACACAUUUAUUAUCCACUGCCAUUAAAAUUUGCUCUCAGCUGUUGGAAGCCUGCAAAAAUAUGUAUAUUGAUUUCCGUGGACGUUCUCAGUCCUCAAGAUUUAGCUCAUUGUCAAAGGUGUGCCUUCAUGUGAUGCAUUUCCCAUCAGUGUUCUGUGGACAGAGGACAGCCCAGGGUUGAGUUGUGGGAAUAAAGAGAAUGGGUUCGUUUCCUGGGACUGUUGUAAUAAAUUACCACAAAAUGGUGGCUUACAACAGAAAUUUAUUUUCUCAUAGUUCCAGAGGCCAGAAAUCUAAAACCAAGGUGUCAGCAGGGCUGUGCUCCCUCUGAAGGCUCUGGGGGAGAAGUCUUGCUUGCCUCUUCCAGUUUCUGGUGGCUUCUGGUGCUUCUUGGCUUGCGGCAGCAUCACUCCAAUCUCUGCCUUUUCUUCACAUGGCCUUCUCUCCCUCUCCCUUUCUCUUAUAAAGACACUGGUCAGCAGAUUUAGGAACCACGCAGAUAAUCCAGGGUGACCUCAUUUUGAGAUCCUUAACUUCAUUACAUCUGCAAAGACCCUUUUUCCAAAUAAGGUGAUAGUCAUAGGUUCCAGGAGUUACAACUUAUCUUUUGGGGGAACCACCAUUCAGCCUACUACAGGGGACAAAAUAAUUUCUGGUUUGAAUCUCUCAACCUAGGAGUCAUAAGUAAAGUCCAAUAAAAACCAGGAGGCAUUUCUGGGGUUCCAGACAAACAAAAUAACUUGGCCCAAAUUUUUCUGCUUGGCUCUUCUUGUGGGGGGUUGCCUGAACCUGUCUUACGUCUUCCCAACAAUGGAUCUCUGACUAGAAAAAUCAUAGCUUUCAGCUAUUAGACACUAACUCUGUGUAACAUCCUACAAGGCCAAUAUUAUCAAUUUGCUUUUACAGGUAAGGAAACUUAGGCUCAGAUGGGGUAAUUUAUUUUACAAGGUCACCCCCAGCCUGGUAAGUGGUUGAACUGGGACUUAAAUCCUAGCAAAGAACUGCAGAAGCACUAGCUAUGGGAAUGCAUCUUCGGGGGGAAGGGAUACUGCACACACAGGUCCAGAUGAAUCUGAGGAAUGUGUUGUCAUAAAGCAGCAUUCGUGAGCAUAUUUUCCCCCUUUUCUCUGUUGAUACAUUUAUUUGGAGGAAAUCGGUAUAUCACAGAGGCUAAGAGUGUAGGGGCUCUGGAGUCAGACUGAGCAUAAUCCAGGCUUAGUCUUGUACUAACUGUGUCACUCUGGGUAAGUUACUUAAACUCUCUGGGCUUCAGUUUCCUCAUUUGAAGGGAUGUGGGGGAGGAGGAGGAGGGAGAGAAAUAAUAUCUACACCAUGGAGCUGCUGUGAGAAUUAACUCAGGUAGUGAAGAUAAAAGGCUUGGAACAGGGCAGGGCACAAAAUAAGAACUGAAAAAGUCUAGCUAUUCAUAAUAUGAUGGUGCUUACCCUGAGUCAUACUAACUGGCUGCUUUCCUUAGAAAUCUUUAAGUCUUUGGGGCCAUAAACUUAACAACUUGACCACCAUUAGCUUCUUCAUGUCUUAACCUGAGAGUCUUCCUGAAGCAGAGCCUGAGGCAAGAAUUGGGUGCAAAUGGUUUCUAUGAGAGGUCAUUCAAGGGAACAGGAGUGAGGGCUCAGGGAGAGUGAAACAGAGGGAAAGAAGCCAAUGCAAGGGGUGGGGAGGGGCUCGCAAAUUACUGACUAUAACACCAGUAACUGGAUUUGAUCCUAUUAAACCUUCUGAGGUCUUGAAGUCCAGAAUGCCCCUGGGUUUCACAGCAUGCCCUGAAUCGACAGCCUCUCAUUUUCUCUUUGCAAAUCUUCUAAAGCAGUUAGUAGAAGCCAACCAACUCCACCAUCCGUAUCAUUACCAUGCCUCAUGCCUUUCAAGUGCUAGGACUGUUGCAUAACCUGGAGUUUCAUGAUCUACCCCUGCCCCCUGCCCCACUGCAGGAGAAAGUCUUAGUAAUUGUGAAUCAGUGGCAUCUAAGGGUUAUCUCCACUGCUCUUUAUCACCAGCAACAGAGUCCUUGUUGCCAUUCAUCCCGGAAGUAAUUCCAUUUCCAAGGGUUGCUUUCUAGGGUCUUCUGAUAUUUUGUCUUAUCCUGAGCCAGCCUUGAAAGCAAAGCCUGAGAAAAGGCCUUCAGUGGAACAGAAGGGGCAUGAGGGAACAGGCAUGAGGGACUGGAGGAAAAGCCAGUCAAGGGUGUAAGGUUGAGUUAGGCACUGCGGUGGGCAACUGGGGGCUUGAUCCUACUGGCACCAUAUGAGGAGUGAAAAGAUGUCUCUAGAAUUGUCCACUGGAGGACUGAUAGUGAGAAGCAUUUAUCCUCAGCUUCCAUCCCCCAUUGGCUGAGGGCUGCCCAAGGAGGCAAUGCUUACCCCCCCCUUUUUUUUUUUCAUGGGGGAAGGUAAUUAGAUUUAUUUAUUUAAUGGAGAUACUGGGAAUUGAACCCAGGACCUCAUGCAUGCUAAGCAUGCACUCUACCACUUGAGCUAUACCCUCCCCUUCUUCCCCCACUUCUAGGCUGUGCAUGUGGGCAUUCCAAGUGGGCUUCCACUGGCAUCUCUCCCAGGGCACUGAAAAGCCCCGGGCAGAAAAUGUUGGAUAUGUGUUGUACACUUGAAGCAGGAAACUGUCAACACAAAGUGAGUGAGGCCUCAGAUGCAGGUGAGGCCCAGAGGAUGUGGUUGGUGGCUGCUAUGCCCUCUCUCAUUUCCUUUGUAACAACUAUAACAACAAAAGUAGUAACUGCCAUGGGCUGAGCACAUACCAGGUUCCAGGUACUGUUAAGUGCUUUGUGUACUUAUCCUCAUGUAGUCCUCACUCACCUCGACUUACUGUGGCUACCCUCUGCACAGAAAUUCAGCCCCAUGGUUUUGGAUUAAAUUGUUUAGAAGAGGAAGAAGAGGAAAAGGAAUGGGAAGAGGAUCUAAUGAGUUCUCGUUUCAAUAGUUAGGUUUUUUUUAUGUCUAGAAGUUUCACUUUGGUUUUUUUACAAAUCCACAUAUUCUUUAAAUUUUUUUUUUUGUUGUGAAAUAGAGCAUACACUAUCUGGAAAUGCACACAAAUAUCUAUCUACAGCUUGAUAAAUUAUAUCAAGUGAACACCAGUGAUGAAAUAUUGCCAGCAGCACAGAAACCUUCUGCAUGGCUCUUCCCAAUCACAACCCCAUCUCCCCAGCUUAACUCCUCUUUUACGGGAAUCACACCUUUACUUUUCUUUAUAGUUUUAUUACCUAACUAUGCAUUCCUAGGCACCACUUUAAGUUUUGCCUGUUUUUGAAUUUAAAUAAAUGGAAUUGUAUAGCA